CUCAGCGAGUGAGCGGUGCUGAAGUCUGUAUCGACAUGGAAUUGAUAAGUCUUCGAAUGGACUUUCUCAUUUUCAAAUGAAAGCGGAGUUAGGUAGGUAAUCCAGCCUUUCAAUAAGAAUAAAGGACAUUUUGGUUCAAAUGUUGUUUUUGUCUCGUACCUUUCAAUUGCAGUAAUCAAACUAGUGCGCCACUCCUCAGUUGAAAAACAAAUAGCUUAGCGAGCUGGCUAGCUUCAAGCUUGGCAAUGAGAAAGGGUAAAUUUUCCUAUUACAUUUAGCUAACUGUUGCGCUUCCACGUUCAGCCAGCCACGUUACACACCAGAUUGGGCAUCCACUUUUCCAUGGUCAUUUUUCCUCUGUGUUUCGGAAGAGAUGCAAGACAUUGAGGUAGCCUACGUGUCGAAAUAGUAAACUAAGAAAGAAAGUAGAAUAUCAAAGAACGGACGCGAUCGCUUCGCUGGAGAAACACUCAUCCAAAACGUCUACGGAGGAAGUAGCUACGGACUAGCAGAAAUUGUGUGACAUCACAGGAGGAGCCAGCUGUGUCUGACUGACAGGUGUCACGUCACCGUAGGGGCCAGCUGACUGCGAGGGACCUGCCUGCAGAGAGACCCCAGGUGCAUUCUGGGAGAGACGGCCUUUCCACACCCAGGACUGAAGGUAAAGGCAGACAACGAGCCAAUCAGAUAAGGGAGCCAAAUUCCUGGAAAGACGAGGGAGGGGCCUGUAGCAAGAAGAGGCAGGAAGAAAAGAAAGACGAGAGACGAAGACCCAGAAAAGGGAGAGGGAAAGAGUAGGGUAGCGGUGGAGGAGCGAGAGAACGCAGAGACGGGCGAAGGGUCGAGUAGCUGAAGAGGAGGAGAGGAAGAAGAAGAGGGAGGAGGAGGAGGAGGAGGAGGAGGCACGGGAGCCGUGAAGCGGUGCGUCAUGGGUAAGCAGAACAGCAAGCUGCGGCCGGAGGUGCUGAACGACCUGCGGGAGAACACGGAGUUCACGGACCACGAGCUGCAGGAGUGGUACAAGGGCUUCCUGAAGGACUGCCCCACGGGCCACCUGACGGUGGACGAGUUCAAGAAGAUCUACGCCAACUUCUUCCCCUACGGCGACGCCUCCAAGUUCGCCGAGCACGUCUUCCGCACCUUCGACACCAACGGCGACGGCACCAUCGACUUCCGGGAGUUCAUCAUCGCGCUGAGCGUCACCUCGCGCGGCAAGCUGGAGCAGAAGCUCAAGUGGGCCUUCAGCAUGUACGACCUGGACGGCAACGGCUACAUCAGCCGCGGCGAGAUGCUGGAGAUCGUGCAGGCGAUCUAUAAGAUGGUUUCCUCCGUGAUGAAGAUGCCAGAAGACGAGUCCACGCCGGAGAAGCGGACGGACAAGAUCUUCAGGCAGAUGGACACUAAUAACGAUGGCAAACUCUCCCUGGAAGAGUUCAUCAAAGGUGCCAAGAGCGACCCCUCCAUCGUCCGGCUACUGCAGUGCGACCCCAGCAGUGCCAGCCAGUUCUGAGAAACUGAAAACCGACAGACGUGACACACUGACUCGCCCCGCCUCUUCCCUCUGACUCCGCCCACUGCCCCGCCCACCACAGCCUCAUCUGGGCCAGUCCUCAAUGUUCUAACCACUGCCUACCCUGUUAUUCCAGUGCUCUCUGUGGGCAGAUUAUUAUUAUUAUUAUUAUUAUUAUUAUUAUUAUUAUUAUUGUUAUUAUUAUUUUACAUGUCUUAUUUGUCUUCAUUCUGGAGGCAGAAGUACCAGUUUGUUUCAUGGAGGCAGUUUUGGUUUUUAAACAAGUAUUUUACUUUUGUUUUAUUUUGCUAAAAAAAUGUUACUUUUUUUUUUUCUUUACGGAUUGAUUUCUGUUCAUUCGGAGAACUAAAUUAUGUCGGCUUUCAAAAAAUUUUAACUUUGAAUGUGUUCCGUGCGCACGAGCUGCUCCACGAUCGACUGUUUCGUGUUUUGCAUUCGAGCGCGCGCCUGCGCCUUCGCUUCGCUCCGUGGCAACGCAGUCCAGUCACAAACCCUCACCGACGACCUUCGCCGAAGAGGAAAAUCCGUGGCUGUCAAAUAGCGGCUGAAUGUAGUUUGGAACCUAUACAAAAAAAAAACAAAACAAAAAAAAAAAAAACGAAAAAGCAUUGUUCUGUUUUUGCUUCUUUUUUUUUUUUACGAGACUUGGCUUACAACCGCGCUGACGUCCGUGCUGUUCUUUCUCCCUUUUAGGCGAUUUCUUUUUUCUCUUCGUUGAAGUUUUUUUUUUUUUUGCCAUCUUACUAUAGUGAAAUGUAGACGAAACGUUUAUUGUUGCCGUUAUAUCGAAUGCAGUCUUAGUUGUGAAAAAAAGAAAAGAAAAAAGUGCAACGGAAGAAAAAAAAAAGAGAUGAGAAAAACACCCCAAAAAAAAAAAAAGAAAAAAGAUAUUUAUGUUGGCGUGUGGAAUAUCUCUCGUGGCCCGAUCGUGCUGUCCGAUCCGCUGCCCUUCCUCGCGAUGUGACUCCGCGCCCGCGAGCGUGUUGCAUGGUCGUCAGUGUAUGAAGUGCUUUUUCCCCCCGAACGUCGCUAUUCUCACCGAAGUAUUUGAUGUAAAACAAGCUCGCGUGAACCGCCCGUGAUGGGGAUGGGGGCGGUCUCUCUCUCUUUCUUCCUGCUCGGCCCUCUCCCUUUCUCUCUUUCUCUCCCUCUCUCGUCGUUCCUGUCAUUGUUGCGGUUCUAAUGGCUGCGAUUUCGUCGUUUUUUGCCUUUGAUAACGAUGCUGAUAUCCGAGGCUUUAAAAAAAAAAAAAAAAAAGAUUAUUACUGAUAUUAGCCGGCUGUCAUCGUCGUUGAAGAGGAGGCGCGUGGAACGUGAAACCGCCGAUAAUUGGAAGACGAGGCCGUGCUUUUCCCUCUCAUCCUCCCCCCCCCCACCCCCCCAUGUGUUCACAGUGAGAAUCUUUCUACAUUCCAGUGUUACUUGAUAUUAUUAUGAUUAUUAUUAUUAUUAUUAUUAUUUUCAUCAGCCUGCUGCCAAGAAGUGUAAGUGGGGAGAAAAAUAAAUAAAUAAAGUGUA